AUGAACAUUGCCAUCAGCAACAAUUUCAUCAGCGCCACGGAGACGACGGCAGAGACAGUCUGGCCAUGGGCUUUGAAGUCCUUAUCUCGCUGCCUGACACAUGGCUUACGCCUCUCACAGGCGAGUUACGUGGCAGUCACCAGCCUUUUUCGUGGAAGCUGGGACCGUGCAAUGCACUUCGCGGCACUGCAAGGCUUUUACAGUUCCAGAUUCCUGGAAACGUUGAACAUUGUGCUGAGUGCCUGCGAAGUAGCGUGCUCUUGGGACCGUGCUUUGGCUCUGGUGACGUUGGGCAAUAAUGGCGGCCUCCAGACUGACACGAUCAGUUUCAGCUCUUUAGUCAGCGCUUGUGAGAAGGCUCUGCGCUGGCGGUGGGCGUUGCAAAGUCUGGAGACAACCCUUGAGAGGCACAUCUUUGUCGACAGGACACUGCUGAAUGCUGUCAUCAGUGCGCAAGAGAAAGGCAGCACCUGGCUACGCGCUGUGACUCUCACCAUGCAGAUGAGGCGCGUUUUUGGCUGCCAACCCAAUGUGGUCUCUUUCAAUGCCGCCUCCAGUGCCUGUGAGAAGGCAUACCGAUGGACUUCCAGCAUCCAACUCUUCGACUGGGCAAAGGAAAGGAGCAUAGAGGUAGAUACGAUCAGUGGGAAUGCUUUGCUAGCAGCAUGUCGUGGAGCAAGACGUUGGUGUGAGGUCUUACAGCUGUUGGAGGUCUUUUUUGUUUCCAAUCUUUUCCUGGACGACUUGGCUUUGCGAAUGGCACUGGAGGUGCAGUUGGAGCGUGGCGACCGUGGCGACCGUGGCCCAGCUCCAGUGACCAUGGAGUUGCUGGGUAGCAUGGAUCACCUUUGGAUCAACAUUCUGAGCCGCAACGUCUCAAAGAGUUGGCAGGGCCUGUCUGUGGGGGAGUAUGCAGCACUGACCUGCGCUGGAGUCUUUGACUUUGAAACAGGUCUUCGGCUCAUCAAGGAUCGUGCAGAAGCCAUGGACUUUGCAGUCGGCUCUCGCCCUGGCGCCAAGGCACAGGGCAUGUGCUUGGUGGUUGGCUUGGACAAAGACACGGUGGAGAAGCAGUGCAAGGCCAGCUGCAGUAAGGGCGAGACGUGCCAAAUCGCUGCAUGUCUUUUCUCAAGAGCCUUCUCAGUUUCAGGCAGCCUGUCUGCCAUCGAAAGCUUUGUCCAGAAUGCAAAAGCUGCUGGAGCCCUGGAUUGCGUCGUCUUGAAGCAAGCUGGCGCCUUCCACACCAGUGAAAUGGCUGAUGUCAGAAAUAUCCUGGUGAACAAGUUGGACGCGAUCAAAGGAAAGAUGAUGCCUCCACGCUGCACUGUGUAUUGCAAUGCCGGUGCGAAAGCCAUUGGCCCACAGAGUUCAGUGCAGGACAUUGUGAAGAUGUUGGCUGAGCAGAUGGUCUCGCCGGUGCUUUGGGAAUUGUCCAUGCAGCAAGCCAUCAGCGAUGGCUGCACUAAGUUCUAUGAGCUAGGCCCUGGCACACAGCUGAAGGGCAUCAUGAAGAGGCGGCCCUUAUCGGCCUUUUGUGCGGAAUUGUUGGUUCUUCCUGGGCACCUUGACAUCGGCAAUGUCUUGGCCAUGGGCGUCCGUCGAGUGGCGACCGAAUCGAGUCGCACGAUGCCGUCCUGGGUGAAACCUGUCUUUUGGGCUGGCAUCGCUACUUCACAGGUUGGCACGUUCUUCCUGUUCCGCGAUCUUGCAGACCUGUCCCAAUGGGUUGUGGAGCCACCACGCUCCAGCACAAUCUCCACUUGGAGAUACAAAAACCAGCUGUCUGCGGCGACUUUGUGUCCACUAGGCUUGGGAGGUCUCCUAAAAUUGGCAUAUCCGGCAGUGAUUUCGUGGCCCUUGUUUUUGGCGAUUUCAGGAUGGACAGGAUUGCUGUUUUACUCCGGGGUCAUCAACCCACAUUUCAUGAUGAGAGCUAGGAACCAAAAGGAGAAUGCAGUUUAUGUGUCUCAAGAAGAGGCGAUCAAACUACUCCCCAAUGGUGCAGAUGAAACCUGCAUCAUUCUGGAAGUGGAUGGGAAGGCAGCAGCAUAUCCCGAUUCACAGGUCUUGCGUCCCCAUGUGAUCAACGCAGCGGAAGUCGCGGAAGAUGUGGUUCUGACCUACUGUGGCCUAUCCAACUUGGGCAUCGCUUAUACCCCCAAGCUGGGUGGGAAGCCACUGGAUCUGCAUCCCAUGACGCAGAUGGAGAACAACCUGGUGAUGUACGAUAGGAAUAGCAUGGAGCCAGUGCAGCAACUCUGGGGCACCACCGAAAGUCGCAUGGAGUGCCAGUGCGGUUUGAACAAUGUGGAGCGAAUGAAGGAAUGGCCCACCUAUCGGAUGACCCUACAACAGUUCUGCAAGGCUUGGCCGGGAUCCAAGGUCUUCAUGAAUGACUACUCCACCAAAGGCCUGAAAACCGAGAUCUGGCAAAAUCCGAUUCUCUUCAUCUAUGAUGGCAUGAUGGACGUGAUCUUCAACACUUCCAUUGUGUACCAGAAGACCAAGGAAAAGCCCGUUUUUCCGACCUUGAAGACCAAAGACAAUCGACUUCCAAACAAGGAGAACGUGUAUGUGGUGCCAGUGGAGGGUGACGAUGUUGCGUACACCAAAGCAUUUCUGCAGGAAAAAAAACUCAUUAACACCAACAUCGGAGGAAGGAAAGUUGUGGUGGCAUACUUCCCGGAGUUUGAUAGCAUUGGGGCGUUCUACAACACCACAGGCCAAGCAGUGAACCAGUUGGACUUCUAUGGACGUUUGAAGAAUGGACAGAAACUUUCUCGUGUAGAAACUUUCAAACCUGGCUGCUUCUGGUGUGUUUGGAUCAAUUGGUUUCCCAGCACAGAUUUGAAUCGUGUAUGAUACGGUGAGACAUGGUAUAUUACAUGAUGGAUUUACAUGGUGUAUAUUCCUGUACAGCUAUUUUUAACUUGAGGUUCCUGCACAACAGCUGCAGGGAUUUAUAGCCGGGUUGCCUUGACAGUCUUGGCCCUCAAUCCGGCGCCGGUGUUCCCAUUUGAGAUUUAGCACUACAUUCAGGAAAGCAUAGCGAUGGGUGUGCUGCACUGAG